CGUUGCGAUUGUUGAUUGGAAUGAUUGAGUGCGCUCGGAAAGUUAUUUUGCGAAAUUCGACUGAUAAGAUGGAGAGGAAGAGGAGAAAAGUUGCCAAACAGAAUGUACGGCAAAACAAAGUUUACCCAAUUCAGAAUGACGAAGAUUUGCCUGCGACGAAAUGUGACUCCUGGAACAAAGGGGAGUCGCAGUUGCGAGCAAAUAACCCGAAAAUAGGAGAAAGGUCUGUCGGAUAUUUCAGACAUUUAUUCCAUAAAUUCUUGUUACGUUGCUGCAUUUCGGGCGAGAUUUCUGAUUCGGAGUCCUGUAACAACCGUUUAUAUGCUUGGACCCAACAACAAUCUUCACCAAAACAUUGUCUGACUCCUGUCAGUGCCUUACAUUCAGCUAUUACAUGA